UCUAAUUAAAGUGCGCAGGGGGCGGAGCCUGUUCGAUGACGUGGCCGUGGCCUUGUUAUUAAACCGUUAUUCUACGGUGCUGAUGAGGAAGAAGGUUGGCCGUGUUUUACACUCACGCCGAGGCUUCCUUUUUCUCCUUUUUUCCCCCCACGCAAUGUGUUUUUUUUAAAUUUUGUUUUACCGAUUAUGUUUUAAAAUAUAACUACUAUUUAGGACAAGUACCUAAAACUUCAUGGUUUAUGAAGCCGUGUAAUGAUAACGGCAGUUGCAGAAAUCUCGCGAGGUUUCCGAGAUCUCAUCUGAUCUUGUGAAACGCGGCCGCACAUCAUUCCGGAGGAGACGACGACGUCUGGGUGGAGGGUCUUGAGAUGACUGAUGGUGAUAUGGAGCUUCGGUGAGAAUGGAACUCUCUCUGUCCAAACCUGACAAAAUGGGAAAGACAAGGCUGUUUCGCAUCUUUCUUAUCCUGGGCUCUGUCUUCAUGAUCCUGCUAAUCAUCAUCUACUGGGAUGAUGUUGGAGCCACCCAUUUUUACCAGCACACAACCAUAUCCGGACCUCAUCCAUCCCGCCUCUCACCUGAGAGUAACGCAGCUGCCAAAAACAAAGUCGAGGACGACAAGGAUGGCUCGUUCCUGGCCGACAUUGACGCUUUUGUCAACCAGUUCCUGGAAGGCACCGCCGACCCAACAGAGCAAGUGAGAGCUGAAACGCCGCCCGGUGAGACUCACAACCAGUCCUCAGAAAAACCCGAAGAACGAUUCGUCCCCAGGCGCGAGUGGAAGAUCCACCUGACCCCAAUCGCCAUUGAGAAGAAGCAAAGGCAGGACAGUAGGAAGCAGCUGAUGCACGAUCUUUGCAGCAGCAACAGCAGCUUUGACUUCCCGGGCAAGAACAGGACAUUUGAUGACAUCCCCAACAAGGAGCUGGACCACUUGAUAGUGGACGAUCGACACGGGAUCAUCUACUGCUACGUCCCCAAGGUGGCGUGCACCAACUGGAAGCGCAUCAUGAUCGUGCUGAGCGAGAGCCUGAUGGUGAACGGCGCACCCUACCAGGAUCCUCUGGACAUCCCCGUCGAGCUCAUCCACAACAGCAGCGUGCACUUCACCUUCAACAAGUUCUGGAAGCGCUACGGCAAGUUCUCUCGUCAUUUGAUGAAAAUCAAACUCAAGAAGUACACCAAGUUCCUGUUCAUCCGAGAUCCUUUCGUGCGUCUCAUCUCGGCCUAUCGCAACAAGUUUGAGCUGGAGAACGAGGACUUCUACAAACGAUUUGCUGUGAUAAUGCUGAAAAGAUACAGCAACUACGUCGACCCGCCGGCGUCCGUGGUGGACGCUUUCGCUGCUGGAAUCCGACCAACCUUUUCAAACUUUAUUCAGUAUCUGUUAGAUCCGAACACAGAGAAGGAAAUGCCAUUUAACGAGCACUGGAGGCAGAUGCACCGCUUGUGCCACCCUUGCCAGAUAAAUUACGACUUUGUGGGAAAACUGGAGACCUUGGACGAGGACGCUGAGCAUCUGUUGCGGAUCCUGCGCGUGGACAACGUUGUCCAGUUCCCACCGAGUCAUCACAACAGGACUGUCAGCAGUUGGGAGCAGGACUGGUUCGCCAGUAUACCUUACGAAUCACGGAGACAGUUGUACAAGCUCUACGAGGCUGACUUCAGACUGUUUGGGUAUCCUAAACCCGAGAAGCUUUUACACGAGUGAAAUUUGUUUCUGGUCAGCAAAGUAUUUUCUU